UGGGAAGAAGAUGAACAAACGCUCCACAGUUUCCCCAAAGCAAGAUGGCGGUGCAGGAGACAGCAGCUCAACUAUCUAUGGCCCUAAAGGUGCAAGAAUAUCCAACUUUAAAGGUUCCUUACGAAACCUUGAACAAGCGUUUCCGAGCAGCUCAGAAGAACAUUGACCGGGAGACCAGUCACGUGACGAUGGUGGUGGCAGAGCUGGAGAAAACCCUCAGUAGCUUUCCAGUUGUGGAUACUGUAGUCUCUCUCUUGGAUGGGGUGGUUGAGAAGCUCAGCGCCCUCAAGAGAAAGGCAGCUGAGUCUAUCCAAGCAGAGGAUGAGAGCGCUAAGCUAUGUAAGCGACGCAUAGAGCACCUGAAGGAACAUAGCAGUGACCAACCAGCCAGUGUCAAUGUUUGGAAGAAGAAACGCAUGGACCGCAUGAUGGUGGAACAUCUACUGCGCUGUGGCUAUUACAACACAGCAGUCAAACUAGCCAGACAAAGUGGUAUCGAGGAUUUGGUGAACAUAGAAAUGUUUCUUACUGCGAAAGAAGUCGAAGAGUCGCUCGAACGACAGGAAACGGCGACGUGUCUGGCUUGGUGUCAUGAUAACAAGUCUCGUCUACGAAAAAUGAAAAGCUGUUUGGAGUUCAGUUUAAGGAUCCAGGAAUUUAUUGAACUCAUUCGACAAAACAAACGCAUGGAUGCAGUACGACACGCACGCAAACACUUCAGCCAAGCAGAAGGAUUGCAGCUGGACGAGGUGCAGCAUGUGAUGGGCAUGCUGGCUUUUCCUUCUGAUACACACAUCUCACCUUAUAAGGAUUUUUUGGAUCCAGCUCGCUGGAAAAUGCUGAUCCAGCAGUUCAGAUAUGACAACUACAGAUUACACCAGCUGGGGAACAACUCUGUGUUUACCAUUACCUUGCAGGCAGGGCUGUCUGCCAUCAAAACUCCGCAGUGUUAUAAAGAAGAUGGUUCUUCCAAAAACCCAGACUGCCCCGUCUGCAGCAAAUCGCUUAACAAAUUGGCUCAACCUCUCCCCAUGGCCCACUGUGCAAACUCACGGCUGGUGUGCAAAAUCUCCGGCGAAGUCAUGAAUGAGAACAACCCGCCUAUGAUGCUGCCUAACGGCUAUGUGUAUGGAUACAAUUCUCUCUUGUCCAUUCGUCAAGAUGACAAGGUGAUAUGCCCCAGGACCAAAGAGGUUUUCAACUUUUCCCAGGCUGAGAAGGUUUAUAUUAUGUGAUGGGAGCGCCACGUAUGUUCCGGAACGUUAAGCUGCGGCGUCAUUGUGAAUCUCAAGUUCAAGACAUCAUUUGUCCAAGGGCUUCAAUCCUUCAACCCUUGUUGCAUUCGAACAAAUCUUAUCGACAAUACGCCUCAACGCGAUACUGGCCUACGAGCUCAUCGCUGAACGGAUGGUUUAGAAUUACAGUGGAGUUGUCCUGGGCUAAAUGGACUGUUGUGAUGAAGGCUUUUUUGUGGUGGUUUUUAAAAGGGUUGAUAUUUUGGCAUUUAUUUAACUGAAUUCUUUACACUAGCGUGAAACAAACCAAUAUGGCUCCAUAUCACUUUAUCUCAAAGAGCUUCCGCCUUGUUGUCUGUUAUUGAAAUGAAUUAUUCAUUGUUGGUUUUUUGAACAAGGGCACCCGUUUAGGUCAUUAUUUUUAAGAUAGAUUAUGAGUGGGUAGCUGUAGAAAACAUGCUCUAAUGCCUCGCUUCUGCACCUGUGAAAUCUGUGACCACUUGCAUGUAUGUUCAUGUACUCUUAAUCUGUAUUUGACAGACGUCCUUACAGUCUGUGAGGUAACGUGGGAAAAUGUUGUAGCAUUUAGAGCAAUACUUCUCUGUAUCUCAACAAGUCUGUGGGUGUUUAGACUAAAAGACAUGACAGUGUUUUAGUGUCAGACUCUUGGUAAAGAUUUACAUUGGCUUACACUUUACAGUAUGUGGCAAUAUUAUGUCAACAUACAUUCAUUCAUUCAUUAAAUAACAUGUAUGUAUGUAUAACCAAGGUCCUUUUUUAGAGACAUGUAUGCAAGAGUGAAUUUCAACAAAUAUGCCUGAUUUUUUAAACACUGUGUUAUCGAACAUUUAGUGCUGUUGUUCAGCACUAAACAACAUUGUGUUGAGCAUUGUGACUGAAUGUUCAAGAGAAAAUGUAAAUAAACGUGUUGAAUUUCA